AGUUGGCACCUCUAAAAUUGCCUCGCGUAAUAUUGUAGGCUACGAAACAAUAUGGUGAAAUUCCAGGUCAUUGUCUGUCUCUGAAGUCGCGCAGGGUGCUAAAUAAUAUUUAAAAAGGCUCAGGGACCUCUCAGACAGUCCAGUAGGUAGUAGGCGUAGUCACAUGCAGUAGGGUUUGUAGCUUUGCUAAUGUAAAACCAGGCUAUUUGGAUGUAAUAUACUUGUGAACGCCGUGACGCACGCGGAGACCCUGGGCGCUGAGCGCGUGCAGUGUGCGCAGUACUGGAGGCGCGUAAACGAGGGCACUGUUACAUUAUGUACGGUAUGAAGUUGGCGCGCAGCUGAAGCCGUUCCGCUUCCUAACGCUAGGAGCCCAAACGGCGGCGGCGCUCAGCCUCAAAGCGACCAAAGCGGCUUAGCGAGCGCACACGUUUCCUCAUCCCCUGCUCCUUCUACUUUUAUUAUAGUUAAGAGAUCCGAGCAGAUUAGAGCUCAGGCGCAGAGAUCGGAGGUCCCACUGCGAGGGCGCGCGUGCGUGUGUUUGUGUGCGCGCGUGUCUGUGCGCGUGUGGGUUUUUUUUCUUUGGAAGAUCAGCGCCUAUUUAUUUGAGCAAAGUGUUUUAACACGAGGACGCAUCGCUCCGUCAAAAAAGGAGAGCAAAGCAUGAAGCCAGCAUCAGCAGCAGCAGCAGCAGCAUUUCACAGCUCGAAGAUGCUCUUCUUGAUCACGGUAGUGAUGAUCGCACCGGGAAAAGGUUCCUUCCUGGAUGGGAAGAUGGCAGUCACUCAGAGAGGGGAAUCUCUAGACUCAGAUGACAAACAGGGUGUGUUCCACAGCACACUGGACACAGGCAGAGAACUUCCCCUGGUCACAACAGCACCGCCUUUCACCGACCUUAACCACCACCUUCAGUUCAAAACUAUUUCUCAACCUGAUCCACGCUAUCAGAGCCAGGAACAGUUCAAAGACAGCAGAGACGUGGACCAUCAUCUCUUCAAGGCUCUAUCAGCUCAGCUGGUUCCUCAUGAGGAUGCAGUGCCAUUCUCUGAUAUGGCUACAGGGUCUUUCUCUGUGCACCCUGCUAAACUCACUGCUGAGAGCCUGGAGCGGAGUGGAGCUGCUGGAGAAACCCAGAGGCAGAGCUCAGAGGAACUGUCCACAGAAUCACUGACCACUAGUAUCAUGCCAACUUCUGCUCCACCUUCCUGCCACACAGUUCCUGAAAAACAUUUAGGACGUCCCCAUGCAGCAACCACACAAGAGCCUGGGGGUAUUACGACACUUGUGAUGAGAGAAGAAGAGGAAACAUCAAAGACUAGAGAGAGACACAAAGGUCCUGCCACUGAUGCAAACGCAGUGACAUUGUCUGUGGAUCAGGAUGAUGAGACUACCACAACCACUAUUUUCACCACCACUAUUAUUACCACAAUACAGACUCCAGCUCCAUGCAGCAUCAAUUUCACGGCGCCAGGGGGCUAUAUAGAGACACCAUCACAAGGCAGCUGUGACUACUCCAACUUUGACUGCACCUACACCGUGACUGUCUACAUGGGCUACGGGGUGGAGAUUCAGGUGAUGAAUGUGAGUUUGGUUGAAGGGGACUCUGUGAGGUUUGAGGAUCUGGGAGGCCAUGAGGCAUCAGUGCUGGCUAAUGAGUCCAUCCUGAUAAAGGGCUUGGUGGUGCGCAGCUACAGCAACCAGAUCUCCGUCCACUUCCGCAGCCGGCAGCCCUGCCACGGCUCCUUCCUGUUACUCUACCAAGCGUUUGUCCUGAGCUGUAAUUUCCCCGAGCGGCCAGCCUACGGUGAUGUAACUGUCAGCAGUCUGCACGCAGGGGGAGAAGCUUAUUUCUACUGCUUUACUGGCUACCAGCUUCAGGGCCCCUCCACCCUCACAUGCCUCAAUGCUACAACUCCGUACUGGAAUGGAAAAGAACCCAGGUGUAUCGCGGCCUGCGGUGGAAUGAUGAAGAACUCUACACUCGGCCGCAUCGUGUCUCCUGGCUUCCCCAGUAACUACAGCAACAAUCUGACAUGCCACUGGGUGCUGGAGGCUCCAGAAGGACAGCGGCUCCAUGUGCACUUUGAGAAGGUGGCGCUCGCUGAGGAUGAUGACAGGUUACUCAUCAAAAACGGGAACAACAUUGAUUCCUCGACACUCUAUGAUUCUUAUGAAGUGGAAUAUUUACCCAACGAGGGCAUCGUCAGCACCUCUAGAUAUCUUUUUAUUGAGUUCACCACUGACGGCUCAGGCACCAACACAGGAGCCGCAAUCAGAUAUGAAGCUUUCGCACCAGGGCAUUGCUAUGAGCCUUUUGUCAAGUAUGGCAACUUCACCAGCAGUGACAUCAGCUACGGUGUGGGUGCAGUGGUAGAGUUUAGCUGCGAUCCUGGAUACACGCUGGAGCAAGGCUCUGUUAUCAUUGAGUGCAUGGACCUCAAAAACCCACAGUGGAACGAGACUGAGCCUGCAUGCCGAGCGGUGUGCAGUGGGGAGAUCACUGAUUCUGCCGGAGUGGUGCUGUCUCCAAACUGGCCUGAAGCGUAUGAUAAAGGCCAGGACUGCAUCUGGGGUAUCCAUGUGGAGGAGGACAAGCGGAUCAUGCUGGACAUCCAAGUCCUACACAUGGGAAUGAAUGACCUGCUGACAUUCUAUGAUGGAGACGACCUGACUGCUAAGGUACUGGGCCAGUACAGUGGCUCUCGUCCGCGUUUCAAGCUCUACACAUCUACAGCUGAUGUCACCAUCCAGUUCCAGUCUGACCCCGCCACCAACGUUUACGGCUACAACAAUGGCUUUGUGGUGCACUUCUUUGAGGUUCCUCGUAACGACACGUGUCCAGAGCUUCCUGAGAUAACUAAUGGCUGGAAGACUACAUCUCACCCUGAGCUGGUGCAUGGUACAGUAGUAACCUAUCAGUGUUACCCAGGCUUCGAGGUGGUGGGCACCGAAAUGCUCAUGUGCCAGUGGGACCUGACAUGGAGUGGAGACCUGCCUACCUGUGAGAGAGUGCUGUCAUGCCCAGAUCCUGGCAUGGUAGAGCACAGCCGCAGAGUGAUGUCGGGUCCUCGACUGAUUGUUGGCUCCACAGUGCAGUACAUCUGCAACAAGGGCUACUCUCUGUCUGGAAACAGUCUCCUUUCCUGUUACAACCGUGAUUCCACUGGACCCAAGUGGAGUGAGAAGCCACCCAAAUGCAUCCCUGAUACAUAUGAAGCCUGUAGGAACCCCGGAAUCCCAGCAUUUGGUGUCCAGGUAUCACAGAAGCAGUUCUACCAAGCAGGAGAGAUACUGCACUUCUCCUGCCAUAGUGGCUAUAAGCUCAUUGGGGAAGCAAAUAUUCGCUGUGUCCCCAGUCACCCAUCGAAGUGGAGUCACCCACCUCCAGUGUGCAAAGCAGCACUGGAGUAUGUAAAUGAGCGCAGGCUUGAUGUUGCCAGAACAGAUUUCAGCAUGGAAGGAGCCAAUGUGGUUCUUGCCAUCUUCAUCCCUGUAGCUAUAAUUAUGUUAAUUGUCUUGUCCGUAUACUUCUAUUUUUCAAGGGUGCAAGGGAAGACUUUUCGAUUGCCCAUGUCUGCAUCGCCACAGUAUGACCAGAUCAGAGGCGAGACAGCCUUUGAGAACCCCAUCUAUGAGACAGCAGUAAGUACACACAUCAGCUCAGUGGUCUCUUUCAUUUUUCAAUACCCCACAUUCUCAAUUAAGCCCUCUGCAUCCUUCCUCCACUAAUGUGUAGUUUCUGCGGUUGUUUAGUUUCCAUAACAAAGUUUCAUUCAGCUGUUCAUGACUAUGAUUGUACAUCUGGGGUGAAAUUAUGAUCUUAAAAUUAUGAUCUGAAAACACCAUCUGUGUUACUUUAUUGCAGGCUCAUGUGCCAAAUCUAAUUAGCUUCAGGAGCUUCGGGAUUUUAAAUGAAAUUCCACACGUUUAGAAAUGUAGCAUGGAACCCUGUCAACCUUCAUGUUUAUAGUGCUAUGACAUUCAUUUAAAAUACAUUCAACUGAUGCAUAUGCUUUGGGAAGGGCAUCAUUUUGAAGGUUAUUUGGUCAUCCUAUCAUCAUCAUCAUCAUCCUAUUGUCCUUGUUCCCCUCUCACGGUCCUCCUGGCACUUUCUAUUUUUAAAGCUUUAACACUUUGAAUCUCUGUCUCUCCCCUCUCCCUCUCUUUGCGUCCCAGAAGAACAGUGAGGUGAGUAUAUCUGACAGCACUUAGUCAAUACCAUUAACUGUUUGUUAUGGGCUGCUUGUGUCACAGAGUGGCUUCAAUUCACACCUUCUGUUUGUAAUGUUUGUUUUCUGACAUCUCUCUCUGUGAUUAGGGCCACAUGAUGCACUUCCAUGUAGUGCUGUGAAAUCUGUAGCCCAGGGGUCCAGUCUGUUUGUGUGUGUUUGUGUGUUCACAUUAAGUGGGUCAGUGAGAAGCAAAGACAGACUCAUUAGCACCUCCAUCGGGUGUGAAUGGAAACACUGCCUUUGGAGAUGAGCUCCCUCGUGUGUGUACUAUUUUUAUAUUUGAGCUGUCCUCUACUUGGUUAAGGCUAGGAACUGUUUGCACAUACAAAAUUAUAAAAUCUAAAGUACAAAUUCCCUGAUGGUUGGCAGCUGUGCACUCACCAGUAUGAACUUAUUGCAUACACAGUCUGGGAUUUGUUUCAUACCUUUUAUGUUUUUGUUAUUUUGUCCUGACAUUGGUAUACUGGCAUUUUCCCAAAACCAUGGUUUCUUUUGCACUGCAUUAUUUGAAAUAUUUCAUCAGCUUUGGUUGGCUUUUCAUGAUCUCUGCAUUGCCUUUCUUUUGAUGGUUUCAUGUUUGAACAGAGAGUGAUCAUUGCGCCCAGACACCAGCGGUUCUUCCCUAUAGGAUACUGUUGUUAUGAGAAAGCCUAUAAGGAGAGUUGAUCGGUGGCAUAGCACUGGUUGGAGCAAAGCAGGUUGGAACCAUAGGACACAAGAGAGUACGAAGUCUCCAUUUAGACAUACUGCUUAUGUCCACACUCCGGACCUUAAGCCUUUCUUUGCCUUGUGGAGGUUCCCCAGCACCUUUCUCCUGUUUUCUGACCUCCUCUUAUCCUCAUCACACCCUUCUCGCCCCCCAGCUUUCCUCUCCUGGUUGGGUGUAAAUAUCCUGAUUGUCAGAGAAUUUCCACAAGUACUGCAAAGAGUGUGGAAAAUAUGAUCUUAUUUUUGUAGAGAUUCAAUAUCAGUGGUCUAGCAGCAAUGCUUUUACAGUUUUUAUCCAGUUAUGGAGCAAAGAGCUGGAGAUAAAACUACUGACAUGAAAGACUAGCUGCAUCCCCAAGUCUAGGCUGCAGCCUAGGCAGGUUACUUUUAAUUAUUUAGUCACACAAAAUGAGAAGAAAAGGCACAAAAAGGCCACAUGAGCACACCAUUGGAGAAGCUUCACACUUCAGUCAUGGCAUAAAUCGCUAAAGCAAUUCACAUUUAAAUAUGCUUAACUAAGUAUAUUUUACACAAUUACAUUAUCUUAUAUUCAUUUUAAAACAGGAUAUAUUGACAGCAGAAUUACCCUUUUUCUCGUGUUUUCUAAAAUGAAAAUGCUUAAUAAAUUAGAUCAUAAGAUAUUACUUGUGCCUUUGCUUUCUGGUAUUUUCUUCAAAUCUCAGACUGCCACCGAGAAUUAUGGGCCAUUGCAGUUUGUGAAGGAUACACCAGUUGCAUUCCUGAAAACUCCUGAAUGCAAUCGAGUGUUGAUUGCAGCCUAGACUUCGGCAUGCAUCUACUGUCAUCAAUCAAUUGAUGUCUCUCUAUAAUGAAUUUUUAUUUAUUUGUUAUUAUUAUUCAUUUAAGUGUUCUAGUCUUCUUCACAAGCACAGAGAGGCUGUGAUAAAACAUGUAGAACUGGAAUUUUGUUUUCCAUUUAUGAAUGUGACAAUAGAUCAGUCAAUCUGAUUAUGGUACACAAAUGUUAUUUUGGGGAAAAAUAAACGAUCAAAUUGAUUAUUGUAUGUCUAUCUAACAUACACACAGAUACACACACACAGACACACACACACACUUUUGUCAAAUAAAUUUAUGCAUGUUUUAUAUA